GAAUAUGGCUGGUUCGAUGAGCCAAACCACUCCCCUGGUAUUCUUACCGCGAAUCUGGCUACUGAGGCCUCCUACCUUACUUGCCUAUCUGGUGCUCGUAUCGGAGAAGUAUGCGAGGCCCUUGUGCUAAUCGUAACGACUCUGACGAUCGCAUUUUUAAACGGCUGGAAGCUUGCCCUUGUCGCCCUCAUUUUUACUCCUUUACUAAUGGCAUCUGGCAUAUUUCAGCAUUCACAAUGCUUGCGCAAGAACAUCUAA